AUGGGAACUUUUCAAAACAAAAAGUUCCGGUCCGCCGCGUAUUCGAACACCAUCGCCGCCAAAUACCGAGUUAAACUUGCCCGCCACCCGUUCCUCCUCUUCGGGCUCCCCUUCAUUGCGACAAUGGUUGCAGGUUCCUUCUUCCUCACACCAGCAACAGCUAUUAGAUACGAGAAGCACGAUAGAAAGGUGCGGCGGCUGAGCAAGGAGGAGGAAUUGGGUAUUGGCAAGGCAGGACGAAAGGUUGAUAUGAAGGAGGAAUAUUAUAGACUUGCGGCGAAAGAUUUGGAAGAUUGGGAGCAAAAGCGUGUCAAGAGAUUACCUGGAGAACAUGAUGGGGUCAUUUGA